AUGGCGUACACGCUCCCGGUAUCCCUCUCGGCUAUCAGCUCACAUUCCAUAUUUGUGCCCCCUCCUUCGUCUUCCACCCUCGACGAUGAGUGGGAGUUUUUGGACCGACCUUCGGCAGACGACGAGCCCCUGGGGCAGAAGAAUGGCAGGGUUGCAAUCAGGGACAAAGAUUUGAUCGUUGCGGUCGGGAAGGAAGUGAGGAUGAUGGGAUUGGGACUCAAUGAAGGUGGAUGGAAAGUAGAAGAUGGUCUUGUAGGGUCUUACAAGACUCUUCAAUCGCCGCACUUGUCGUUCCCUAUCCAUCAUAUUAUCGUGAAUACCACCGGCAAGCUUCUCGCCGUUGUUGGACACCACCAAUUGGUUGUCGUCGUAUUGCCGAAAUCCAAGUCAGGGUCAGGACCUGUAGAAGUGCACUCGAUACCAAUAGACGAGUUCCAAUUCUCCAAAGCGUCCAAUGACACAAUCACGAGCGUGCAAUGGCAUCCUUGGGGAGAGAGUGGGAAUUCCCUCUGGGUUCUCUGUGCCAACGGAAAGCUUCGAGAAUAUGACAUCCUUCAACCACACGACUCGAUUCAAACGUUCGACUUUUUGCCAGAACGCAGCCGUGCCGCACGAAAGUUCACUGCGAUCGACCCGCUUUCUCGAUACGCUACCUCAUUUGCCUUUGGUCCAAGCUCUGUCGGGUUUUCACCUCUCAUCGUAUAUUGUCUUCUCGCCAAUGGUGAUAUAUAUCUCAUUGGCCCCGUUGUCCCGCUCCGUACCGAAAUGCCCGUUCAUUAUCUCCAGACUCUCAAAACCUUUGUCGAUACAAGGUUAGCGCGAGCGCAGAGUGAGGCUCGAGAUGUCUUUGGAGCGGGAAACUCGGGAGUCGGUAGAAUGGCGCAACAAGCUGAGUGGGUAGAUGCGCUCGUCAGUCAAGUUCGGCAGGAGGAAGAGGCGAGAGCAUGGAGAGAGGAGGAUGGCGAGCCAAAGCAGGCUUUGGGCAAGAGCGCCUUGGGUCAGUCUGUGACGCGCAGAGGAUCGCCGUCAAACCCUGCUGAGGAGACAGGUACCAGAGCACGAGAAGGAAGCGUCCGCGUGCGACCACCUCACCUGACAGUCUCUGGCGGCCCCGCUCCAGGCUCCCAUCGACCGUUCCUUCGACAAGGUCCCCUCGUUUUCUCACCCGGCCCCCAGGAAGUUGCGAACGGUGAUGGUGAUCUGGAAGAGGACCAAUCUGCCACGGACUUGAUAAUCGUCGAAGUUGGGCCGGAGGAUGGAAAUUCGGGAGACGUGAAAGGGAAAAAGAAGAUGAGAGAAGUUGUUAUCGGGAUCGCCUGGUCUGGUGGCCGGGUUGACAUUGGUGUGGAGACCGAGAUGCCGGAAAUGAGAUGGAUGAGCUCCAGGGACGCAUCCCCAGCCGAACCUGUUCUGCACAUUGUGGAGUCCAUCCUACUACCCUUCCCCAACAACGAUCCGUUCAUUAUUGGAUCUAACGCUCCAACCUUCUCUCGCGACCCAUUAUACAGCGAUGUCCUGUAUCUUGUUCACGCUUUUGGCAUGGACGCUAUCAGCGUCCGGGACCUGGUUGACGAACUGAACAACGACGAAGGAGAAGGCGAGCUCCCCCCGACACAAGUCUUGAGGCUGGUAGAGAGUGCGGGCGUUCCCAAUACCCCUGUAACGGGUAUCGUUAGCUUCUGUAACAUCACCCUUGGGUAUGGUCUCCUUGCGCUCGCUUCUACUGGGCAAGUGGCGUACAUAGAGCUGGACAUCCGGUCUGGUGACUCGUCAGCUUUGUUAUCGAGCAAGGCCGCCAAGGAACCCAAGGCGAUGAUCGAAGAUCAGUCGCUUCUCAAGAAGCCUUUCAGUGCUGAGCAUCUUGUGGCCUCCAUCCGUUCACCGGGUGACAAGAAGCCUCCUGUCUACAACCCUACAGCGACCCUCAAAGAGCGUCUUUCGGACUCUUCCAAGCCCUUGACUUCUCUUACCAGCGACCACUUAUCCGCUCUCGGCGCUGUCUCCUCACAGAUCCAAUCUCGUGUACAGCUUGUGCGAUCAGCAUCUCAAACUGUCGAAAACCGUCUCGACCUUCAAAUCCAGGAACUCGCCCGCCACGCCAAGCUUAUCGCCCAGUGUCGUGCCGACGUCACUUCUUUGACCAGCGGUGAAACGCUCGAUCGCGCCAACAAGCUGCUUCAGCGACAAGAAUGCAUUCAGAAGAGGGUGGAGAAGGUGUUGGGUGAUCUGAGUGUUGGGAGGCAGCAGGACGGGGAACUGGGAGAAGGUGAAAAGAAAUGGUUUGAUGAAUUGGACAGGCUGGACUUCGAGGUCAAUGGAGGACCGCCUGGGAGUGGGGAGGUGUUGGCCGAGAAAGCACAGCUGCUACGUAGCCAGCUGUCUGCACUAGUGCCAAUCAUAAAUGAAGCCAAACGUCGAGAAAUCGAGCGCAGACCAGCUUAUUCGGCGAAACAGAUCAAGCCCAUGGAAGCGGCUUUGACUGCGAGGUCGGAAGAGCUGAAGAGGUUGAUAAAACGGGUGGAUGACCUGGAGAUCAAGGUCGAGGGCGGUCUAUAG